CAGCGGCGCACCCCAGGGCGCAUGCGUGCUGUGCAGCGCGGUCUCAGGGAAGGUGGGGCUAUGGCAGCUGCUAGGGACCCUCCGGAAGUAUCGCUGCGAGAAGCCACCCAGCGAAAAUUGCGGAGGUUUUCCGAGCUGAGAGGCAAACUGGUAGCGCCUGGAGAAUUCUGGGACAUAGUUGCAAUAACAGCGGCUGAUGAAAAACAGGAACUUGCUUACAACCACCAGCUGUCAGAAAAGCUGAAAAGAAAGGAGUUACCCCUUGGAGUUCAGUAUCACGUUUUUGUAGAUCCUGCUGGAGCCAAAAUUGGAAAUGGAGGAUCAACACUUUGUGCCCUUCAACGUUUGGAAAAGCUAUAUGGAGAUAAAUGGAAUUCUUUUAUCAUCCUAUUGAUUCACUCUGGUGGCUACAGUCAACGACUUCCAAAUGCAAGUGCUCUGGGAAAAAUUUUCACUGCUUUACCUCUUGGUAACCCCAUUUAUCAGAUGCUAGAAUUAAAACUAGCCAUGUACAUUGAUUUCCCCUUACAUAUGAAUCCUGGAAUUUUGGUAACCUGUGCAGAUGAUAUUGAACUUUAUAGUAUUGGAGAAUUUGAGUUUAUUAGGUUUGACAAACCUGGCUUUACCGCUUUAGCUCAUCCUUCUACUUUGACGAUAGGUACCACACAUGGAGUAUUUGUCUUAGAUCCUUUUGAUGAUUUAAAACAUAGAGACCUUGAAUACAGAUCUUGCCAUCGUUUCCUUCAUAAGCCCAGCAUAGAAAAGAUGUAUCAAUUUAAUGCUGUGUGUAGACCUGGAAUUUUUUGUCAACAGGACUUUGCUGCGGGUGACAUCGCCGAUCUUAAAGUAGACUCUGACUAUGUCUACACAGAUAGCCUAUUUUAUAUGGAUCAUAAAUCAGCAAAAAUGUUACUUGCUUUUUAUGAAAAAAUAGGCACACUGAGCUGUGAAAUAGAUGCCUAUGGUGACUUUCUACAGGCUUUAGGACCUGGAGCAACUGUGGAGUACACCAGAAACACAUCAAAUGUCGUUAAAGAAGGGUCAGAGUUGGUAGAAAUGAGGCAGAGAAUAUUUCAUCUUCUUAAAGGAACAUCACUAAAUGUUGUUGUUCUUAAUAACUCCAAAUUUUAUCACAUUGGAACAACCGAAGAAUAUUUGUUUUACUUUACCUCAGAUAACAGUUUAAAGUCAGAGCUCGGCUUACAGUCCAUAACUUUUAGUAUCUUUCCAGAUAUACCAGAAUGCUCUUGCAAAACAUCCUGUAUCAUUCAAAGCAUACUGGAUUCAAGAUGUUCUGUAGCACCUGGCUCAGUUGUGGAGUAUUCUAGAUUGGGGCCUGAUGUUUCAGUUGGGGAAAACUGCAUUAUUAGUGGUUCUUAUAUCCUAACAAAAGCUGCCCUCCCUGCACAUUCUUUUGUGUGUUCCUUAAGUUUAAAGAUGAAUAGAUGCUUAAAGUAUUCAACUAUGGCAUUUGGAGUGGAAGACAACUUGAAAAAGAGUGUGAAAACAUUGUCAGAUAUAAAGUUACUUCAAUUCUUUGGAGUCUGUUUCCUGUCAUGCUUAGAUGUUUGGAAUCUUAAAGUUACAGAGGAACUGUUCUCUGGUAACAAGACAUGUCUGAGUUUGUGGACUGCACGUAUUUUCCCAGUUUGUUCUUCUUUGAGUGAUUCAGUUACAACAUCCCUAAAGAUGUUAAAUGCUGUUAAGAACAAGUCAGCAUUCAGCCUGAAUAGCUAUAAGUUGUUGUCCAUUGAAGAAAUGCUUAUCUACAAAGAUGUAGAAGAUAUGAUAACUUACAGGGAACAAAUUUUUCUAGAAAUCAGUUUAAAAAGCAAUUUGAUUUAGAGACAUUUUAAAUAUUGUACACUUUGCCUUUUUGAGUAACAUUCCCGAGAUAGGUAUUUUCUGUAGGCUGUUUCACUGAACUCAAUUAAUGAAAAUUAUGUUAAUGUAAUUCCUGUAGCAUAAUAAUAAUAGCACAAAAGUACAUAUAAAUCAUUUUUGAAGAAAAAUAUUUCAAGACUAAGUUGAGAAAAUAGCUAUUUUUUGGAUGUGUAUCAGUAUUUUAGUUUUUAAUAAUGAUUGAUUUGUGGAGCACUGUUUUUUCACAUAGUUUUAAAGGUAAUUUUCUAAGCAUAUCUUUAGAAUUUUUCCAUCUUUUUUGAGGCUUUUGAUCCAGUGAAGUUCUAAGUAUUCACUGGCACUUCUCUCCUGAACUGUAAUUCUAUUUUGAAUAAUAAAAAUGGCAUACUGUAGGAUGUUCAGAGUAGUGUAGGAAUACUGUAGAAAUACUUUUUCAGAAACAAAUCCAUAGCUGAAACAUUCACUGAGUGCCCAAUAUAUUGUGAUUAUUUUAGUUGAUAAAUAACUAGAUACAAAGACCUCUGAAAUUGAUGAUAAAAUUCAUAUCUCAUUAAUUUUAUCAAAAUGAAACUAAAAGUACAUAUGUAUUAUACACUUGAACAUGUGUUUGUGUAUCUUUAAAUUUUUCCUUUAUGUUCCAUUCCAUAGGAAAACACAUACAUAUGCGCACAAAACUCAGUUAUCUGUGGGGAAAGUGGUAGUAAUAAUUGAAAUUCAUCAAUAAUCACAUAAUUUCACUAUAGACUUUACUUGUAUUAUCUCCUGUCAGUCCUUCUAACAAAACUGAAAUUACCAAAUGAACUGAAUUGACUUUUCAUCUUAUUUUUUAUCCACACACUGGUGAUGCUGAGAAACAAUAAUUGGUCCAAAUGCAGACAUCAAGAAGCAGGCAGGAAAAUGGAAAAACUUAGAUAAUACACAGAUGAUAAAGUUUCAAGAAAAUAAAAAUUGGCUGGAAUCUCAAGUUAUGUGUUUCUAUAUUGGUGUAAGCAUAUAAGUGAAAAGUCUUUGUACUACAGUGUAAUAGAGAAAAGAUUUGUCAGUGUGUGUUUUUUUUAAUGAAAUAAUUAGCCUGUGCUACUUUAUGUCAAUGUAAAAAUUGGUAAACUAGAAGUAAAUUGUCCACAACCCUCAGUUAUGAUACUUGUGUUUGUGUUUUUUUUUUUUUUUUCCAAAGUUUUUCCCAAGGAUAAGAUACAAAUACAUGGUAGCUAUUGUUUAAAAAUGAUUGAUUUACUUGCAGAUUUUUCAGAGGAUGUUAUAUGUUUGUCAUUCACUAAAUGUUCAGAAUUGUAGUUUUACCAAAUCUGAAGUGCCAUCAAUUAUAAGAAUCACCAUUAUUUUAUGUUGCAUUAAGAAAAACACAAUAAAACAUGACACAAUGCUUUGUUACUUGAAAUUUUCAUAUUUAUUGGAGAUCUCUUUUAGUUGUUUUUAAAUACAGAUUUUUAUUUAACCCUCUUGCAUAUACAUAUCAAAUAACAAAAAAGUGAAAUAUUGAAUGAAUGUACAUAUAAAAUAACAAAAAAGUAAAAUAUUGAGAUAUCAUCAAGAAAUUUCUACAGCUUCACAUUCAAACUCUUCAGCACUUUCAGAGCUAUUGAUAUGCAUACGUCCACCUAGUACCUUCUGUGCUUUCAGAGUUAUUGGUAAGGCUGUAUUUCCUGAGUGCUCUUACCACACUUAUGUCUGGAUUUUUUUUUUACCUAACUGCAGACCCACACUUGUGCAAGUUUUGAUACCCUUCUGUUUGACAAAACUCAGUUUCACUUUUGCUUCAGUUUAAUCACAGGUCCUUAGAAGAUCAGACCUGUGAUUGAUUUGUCACAAAUUGAUGAUCAUAUUAACAUGUUAAUAUUAAAAUUAUUGUUUGGUAAACCAGAAGUGACCAUCUGAAGCCCUCAAAUAUGGUAUUUGUGUGUUUAUUUUUUCUUUUUCAAGAUUCUUUUUAAAGAAAAUAUAUGAUAGCUGUUGUUUAACAUUUAUUUACUUACAGAGUGUUCAGAGGAUGUUAUGUGUUUAUUAAGUGCUCACUACUGUAUUUUACCUAAUCUGAAUUUUAACCAUAAUCCUGCACAGUGCAUGGAUUCCAGUUGCUUUGAAAUGGUUCUGUUCAAAGGACUUAUCAAGGUCUCUUGCUCUGAGAUGUAUUGCUUGGUGUAUAGUAGCACACACAUACCACCAAUAGUGUACCUAAUUCAACUGAAAUGACAGUCAUAUACACAGAUAUGACCAAGUUCACAUGUGAGCAAGUAACAACUCCAUGACUAUUGCUGCCUGACUAAUAGCUAUUAUACUAUCAUUUGUAAGGCACAUUCUGUUUUCUGGGAUAUCGAAAUGUGGAGAAAAAAAGAUGAAUUAGGAAAUGAUUCUAACCUAAAUGUGUGUUUUAAUAAAAGGAUCUAGGGAAAAAAAAAAAAAAAAAAGUAAGUCACUCCUAAAUUUAAUCCCUGAAUGCAGUGUACAUGAUGAGAGAGAAGUAUAUUUUUGAUAAGAAGUAACUAAAUUUUGUAACAAUCUUAAUUUUUCAGGCUUUUCAUUUAGUCUCCCAAUAAAGAUUCGUUUUUUUCUGAAUUUUAUCAGCAAUAGAAAAAUAAGACCUAAAUGGAUAAGUUUGAAAUUAAACAUUUUGUCUCAUUUUAUAAUUUUUAUUUUUAUAAAAUCAUGGCACUUACAUCAUAUACUCAGGUGUGUCAAAUCCUGCUAUUGUUUGUAACUAUAAUCCAUAAACUUAUUGAUGGUUUAAUAACUGUCAACAAGGGCAUGAGAAAAAUUCAACAUUUGGUAAUAAUCUUUUACCUUAGGCAUUUAUUCUCUAAGCAAAGCAGAAAUAAAAGAUAUAUAUCACUGUGUACUGAUUGAAAUAAAGCUUUAAAAAUCCAAGUGAUACUCUGAAAUUGUCAAAAGUUUGAUGGCAUGAAUCCAGGAUUAAUUCCCACAACCCCGGAUGAUCUAGACAUCUUCUGUAGCUACGCAGUACUCCUAAUGUUAAGAUUACCAAAUUCAGCAAUAAAGCCAAAAUCAAAACCGCCUCUUGUCACAUAUAGCUGUUAAGUAAACUACACAAAAUCAGAGUUGCUAUUUACAUACAUCAUGAUGCCUUCUGGACUUGAGCACCUUGGAGGCUCAGGAUUAAGGCACCUCAGUCUAACCUAGCAGAAUUACAAUGGAGAGAAGCGAAAACUCAUUAGUAGCUCAAAACCAGCUAAAGGAUUUCAGAUGCUCUUUUCCUUGUUCAUCUAAAUCAAGUCUUCAUCUGUGUCAAGAACUAAAUUGUUAAAGACCUUUUUAAUUUGCUUAGUGCAAGAAAAAUAAUAGCAACCAUAUAUCUAGUUAACUUGAGUCUUCUGUGCCUCUCAAUUUUGUUUAGACAAAGCCUAUUUCUAUUGAGGUUGAGAAACACAAUUCUAAUACUUAAUACAAUUAUUAACAUUCCUUGCAUUUAACUUCAUCAUAUUUUCCUUCCUCCAAUACUAGUGUGCCGCAAAUUCUGUAACAUAAUCACAUUCUUCAUGCCCCCAUUUAUCUGUAUAUACAGAAACUUCUGCUUAGGUUUUUUUAAUACAUAAUGAAAGUCUAGUCAUACCAGUUUGGUUGAAGAAUACUAGUUCUGUCCCUAGAAGAGCUGUCUACGUGAGCCAUAACAAACUGAACUUGCCACGUCAUUCAAACUUGCCAAUUUGGCUGUAGUUUAGUAGACGACAACUUUGGGUCAGGUUAAUAUUUGGGGAAAUGGAAUAAUAAAACCUGCUGAUUUUCCUACUGUAUUGAUACUUGGAGGAUUGGAGGUGUAGAGGGAAGAUGCCUGUAAAUGAGUGACUAUUAUCAACUACCUGCACAUCAACUUGAUUGUUGACACUUAUGUCUAAAGAUGUUCAUCCCAAGAGUAUUAUUGUGCAUGCAAGUAACUGAUUGAUACUAACAGAGUUAACAUUUUAUUUUGGGCUGCUUGGAUAAAUAGUCUAUCUUUUUGAAGCCUCUGGCUGCAGGAAUCUCUUAGCCAUCGCACAUAUAAAUUUCAACCAUUCACACAGA